GCCACUAUAUCGACCGGCUGCACACACACAUACACUCACAAAUUGGCCUACGUGUAAUCGUUCAGCCGACUGUAAUGCAUAAUUGAUAAGUACGAUCGUUUUUUCUCUUCCCGUCUCCGCUUUCUUCCUCGGUUGGCGCGACCACAUUUGGCAACUAUGCCCCACUGAAAUAGUCUCCCGCGCCGCUCCCGUUUCUUCGUCCGGCAAUGUUCAGUGGUGUCGGCGUGGUGUGGUGUCUGCUGCUGCCAGUGGUGACCUUUGCCGGCGCCGAGACGCCGGUAAUCCGGGCGGGUGUCCUGCUGACUGACGGGAGCAGUGUGGCUUAUGAUUAUGAUUUGGUAAAGCCGGCACUGCACGCCGCCUACGAUGAGAGUCUGCGGCGUUUCAAUGUCCGCUUUGAGGAAGUGCUUUGUCUGUAUCCCGGCAGCAACAGCGACGGAUGCAGCACCAGCAAUGCCAUGGGCAAGACGUACGAGUGCACCUACUUGCAGAAUGUCCAGCUGAUCAUUGGUCCAGGUUGCACCAACGACAUGAUGGCCUCACUGGAGCUGCAGACGGUUCUCGGAGUCCCCAGUGUGACGGGGGCCGGCGAUCUGGUGGAUUCCACCGCGAAAUUCCCCUUCAUCACACGCUGCUCCUACAACACCUACACCCAGUGGGUAUUUUUCGUCAAUCUGUGUCUUAAAUAUAAAUGGACCAAUGUGGCCGUGGUGUACAACCGCCAGAACGCCGUCAAGGUGACCAAUGCACAGAGUUUGGUGACUAAUCUACGCAACAGCAGUCUUAACCCCAGAGAAUACCCGUUCAGCGGCACAAAUGUAAACUCGGCAGAAGACGCCAUAGCCAUUUUACAGAACGCUACGUCGCGGGCGCGCAUAGUGGUAGUGCUGACCAAGGGAGCGUACUUACGGUGGUUUAUGCUGGGCGCCAAGCGGGCCGGCUAUCUGACCAACGGCGACUACGCUUUCUUCACCUUAGACCCGUUCCGUGAUGAUAUUCUGGGACCGAACGGAUGGGAGCGCGGUGACACGAUGGAUUACGAGGCCCGGGAAGCAUACCGUAGCUUGAUGGUGCUCACCCUGCGCGACACCAGCGACGUACCGGAAUACAUCGAUUUCCAACAGAAGGUCAACGAGACUGCCCGCCGCGAUUUCCCCGGCAUGAAAGUACAGUUCAAUUAUUACGUGGCGGCUUUCUACGAUUCGGUGUUAGUAUAUGCGCUGUCCGUAAAUAAAACCCUGGAGAUGGGGCAGUCCAUAGAUAUAUCGGUCAACGUCCAGAAUUUGUCCACGGAGCAGUGGGGCAAGACAAUGCCCGGCGCCACCGGUAAUGUUUACAUCAACCCCAUGGGCGACCGCAACGAUGACCAUUCCAUGUACCAGUUUAAAGCCGAUGGCAAAGCUUACGUGGUGGCAUCGUUUUUCGGCUACAAAGUCAUCGAUAAUCCCAAGUACGAAUUCGACCCGGUGUCACCGUACUUUAACUGGCAUAACCCUACUAAUACACCGCCGCUCAACGAGCCGGUGUGCGGAUACGACGGACAGGCCGCGGCAUGCGAUAAUUCCAUGGUCACACUGGGCAUCGCGAUGGGCAUCGUGGGCGGACUCCUCGUCCUUGCCAUAAUCAUUGGCAUCUUCCUCUACCGGCAUCUGUCCCGUAAAGCCGAGCUGGCCCAGCUGGACUUGCUGGGCACAUGGCGCGAUGUCACCAAAAUCAGCACGCCCAAUCCCAAAAACAGCAACGUGACCAAGAGCCAGGCUGAGUUGAUGGGGAGUCAUAUUCAGAUUAACCAGAAAACCAUCUACGAGGACCCUAAUGCCAUGAUCAACCAGACAAUCAAUGCCCACUACAACGGAGUGCGCGUUAUUGUCAGGGUGGGCGAACCGGGCCUGAUUGAGAUCACGCGACCGGUGCUAGCCGAGAUUAAAGCGGUGCGCGCCAUCAGCCACGAGAAUGUCCUGCGACUACAGGGACUGUGCUGUGGACCGGGCCGGGUGGCGGUUAUGUACACCUACUGCUCUAAGGGCAGCCUAUUUGAUUUAUUAGGCUCCGACGCGGUGAAGCUGGACUGGGUGUUUCGGUUCUCCUUCGCCAAGGACAUGAUGAACGGCCUGAACGCUAUUACCACAGCCCUGGGUUGUCACGGCCGGCUCAAGUCCAAGUGCUGCUUCAUUGAUGCCCACUUUGUCCUUCGCGUAGCCGACUACGGUCUGCCCAGUUUCUUCACGCGCGCCAUUCCGCCCAUUCCCGAUGCGGCUUACUACAUCAGCCUCCUAUGGACAGCGCCGGAGCUGCUGGACACGCCCUUUGGGAAGGGUACGCCGGAAGGUGACGUUUACGCCUUCGCCAUUAUCCUUCAGGAAGUCAUUAUGCGAGAGCCACCCUUUGCGUCCUAUGGGAUGGACCCGGACGUGGUUGUGGCCAAAGUAAAGAAAUCCGGCUACAAAGCCUUCCGCCCAAAGGUGGACGCCAACCAGUGUCCACCGGAGAUCACCGUUCUCAUGAAGCAGUGUUGGGCCAGCAAUCCUCUGGAGCGACCCCGGCUGGCCCAGAUCAAGAGCAUCAUGAAAGAAAGCGAAAGAAAUUUGGGCGAACACGGUAGCAUUUUGGAUACGUUAAUUCGUCGCAUGGAACAGCACACAAUGGAGUUGGAGCACAUUGUUGAAGAGAAAGCCCAGCAGUUUAUGGUGGAGAAGGAGAAAAGUGAACAGCUCUUGUAUCAAAUUCUACCCAGGACGGUGGUCGACCAGCUGAAACGUGGCGAGCACGUCAAACCGGAAAACUACGACGCGGUGACCGUGUAUUACAGCGAUAUCGUUAGCUUUACCACACUGUCCUCACGCAGCCUGCCCACAGAGGUGGUCGAUCUCCUUAAUGACUUGUAUACCAUCUUCGACAGUUGUAUUCGCAAGUUUGAUGCUUAUAAAGUGGAGACCAUCGGCGAUUGCUAUGUCGUGGCAUCCGGUGUGCCGAUACGCAAUGGAAGCAAACAUUCAGGGGAAAUCUGCCGGUUGUCCAUCAUGUUACUGGACGAGAUCCGGGUGUUCAAGAUUCGCCACAUGCCGAAUGAACAGUUGCGCUUACGGCUGGGAGCUCACAUGGGUCCGUGCGUCUCUGGUGUUGUUGGAUUGGUAAUGCCGAGAUUUUGUCUCUUUGGGGAGACAAUAACAAUUGCUGCCAAAAUGGAGUCUUCGUCGCAACCCAUGCGCAUCCAGAUCAGUGCGCCCUGCGAACGGUUGUUACAGACGGUGGGUACCUUCGAGACAGAGGCCCGCGAAGCGCCCAUCCGCAUCAACGACAACCUGGAAAUUCAAACUUACUGGUUGACGCGGGAGAUAUUCGACGAGCCAAGCAUCCCGGCCACUGAGGCCGAAGAUACGCCAGUUACCCCAUUGCCGAAUGGGAACAUUGUGCCCAUAUAGAGCGAUACAGAUUAUAUAUGCCGAGUUGCCGAUGACUGAUCUUUCCAGUUUUUUGCGUGCCUUUGCAUUUUGCAUGUCGAACACUUCUGUACAUAGGAAACAAAUAAACAUACAGCAGCUGCGUUAACCAAAUUUUAUUCAAAUUACAUACAUUCAUGCUGUUAACAAAAUUAUAUUAGUAUUCAAAUUACAUACAUUCAUACCGCUGUGUUGAAUCAGGAGCAACUUUUAUCACGGUGUUCAGUUUGUUAUCGGCCAUAUUGACA